CGUCCGAAGGAAUCAGAAAUUGAAUUUGACCCCAAAAAAACGAGUGCUCCCAUCUCUCUCUCUCUCUCUCUCUCUCUCUCUAUUCUUCUAGGUUUCCGUCACCGUCUGUCAAACAUGUCCGGCGAAGAGGAAGAGAACGCCGCCGAGCUCAAAAUCGGAGACGAGUUUCUCAAGGCCAAGUGUUUGAUGAACUGCGAAGUUUCUCUGAUUCUUGACCACAAGUUCGAGCAGUAUCAGCAGGAUGAUCCCAGGAACCAAGUCUCCCAGGUGUUUGAGAAGUCUAUGCAGUAUGUGAAGCGAUUCAGCCGAUACAAGAAUCCUGGUGCCGUGAAGCAAGUGAGAGAAAUCCUCAGUAAAUAUCAGCUGACUGAGUUUGAGCUUUGUGUCCUUGGGAAUCUCUGCCCUGAAACUGUUGAGGAGGCUAUUGCCAUGGUACCAUCUAUUAAGGCAAGAGGACGGGUGCACGAUGAUGACGCAAUUGAUAAAAUGUUGUGUGACCUGGCACUAAUCAAGAAAUUUGAGUAGAGCCUGAUACUGCUGUCAGAUAUUUGGUUGUUGCUCUUGUAAUCUGCCAGUGUAGCAAAGUUUGAACACUGAUAUUCGAGCCCUUAUUGAGGAUCUUACCUCACUGAACUUUAGUAUAACUUCUACCUAUUGUUAAACAUGUCAAGUGGUGCUUUAUUAAUACUUAAAUUGUGAAUCUUCUUUC